CACUUGACCUCGGGCGUCUGGCGGGGAGGCCCCUUCCUGGACCUGGGGGACAGCUGCCAUGUCCCACCGGAAGUUCUCGGCCCCUCGGCAUGGGCAUCUGGGCUUCCUGCCUCACAAGAGGAGCCGCCGCCACCGGGGCAAGGUGAAGACGUGGCCACGGGACGACCCCAGCCAGCCCGUGCACCUCACAGCUUUCCUGGGCUACAAGGCGGGCAUGACGCACACCCUGCGUGAGGUGCACCGGCCAGGCCUCAAAAUCUCCAAGCGGGAGGAGGUGGAGGCAGUGACGAUUGUGGAGACACCACCUCUGGUGGUGGUGGGUGUGGUGGGCUACGUGGCCACCCCUCGAGGCCUGCGGAGCUUCAAGACCAUCUUCGCAGAGCAUCUUAGUGAUGAAUGUCGGCGUCGUUUCUACAAAGACUGGCACAAGAGCAAGAAGAAGGCAUUCACCAAGGCCUGCAAGAGGUGGCGAGACGCCAAUGGCAAGAAGCAGCUCCAGAAAGACUUUGCUGCCAUGAAGAAGUACUGCAAGGUCAUUCGUGUCAUCGUCCACACCCAGAUGAAGCUGCUGCCCUUCAGGCAGAAGAAGGCUCACAUCAUGGAGGUGCAGCUGAAUGGUGGCACAGUGGCCGAGAAGGUGGCCUGGGCACAGGCCCGGCUGGAGAAACAGGUGUCUGUGCAAAGUGUCUUCAGUCAGAGUGAGGUCAUCGACGUCAUCGCUGUCACCAAGGGCCGCGGCGUCAAAGGGGUCACUAGCCGGUGGCACACCAAGAAGCUGCCUCGGAAGACACACAAGGGGCUUCGUAAGGUGGCCUGCAUUGGUGCCUGGCACCCUGCCCGUGUGGGCUGCUCCAUCGCCCGGGCUGGCCAGAAGGGCUACCAUCACCGCACAGAGCUCAAUAAGAAGAUCUACCGCAUUGGCCGAGGGCUGCACAUGGAGGAAGGGAAGCUGGUGAGGAACAAUGCCUCUACCAGCUACGACGUGACUGACAAAUCCAUCACACCGCUGGGUGGCUUCCCCCACUACGGGGCGGUCAACAAUGACUUUGUCAUGCUCAAGGGCUGCAUUGCUGGCACCAAGAAGAGGGUCAUCACACUGAGGAAGUCCCUCCUGGUACACCACAGUCGCAGGGCCCUGGAGAGCAUUGAGCUCAAGUUCAUCGACACCACCUCAAAGUUUGGCUACGGCCGCUUCCAGACAGCCCAGGAGAAGAGGGCAUUCAUGGGCCCCCAGAAGAAACAUUUGGAGAAGGAAAAGCCCGAGACCUCGGGAGAUCUGUAG